AUGCGAAGCAUUGCCGGCGACCUCGGCGGCAUCACGACGGUGGAUGAGCUCGAGAUCAACUUUGUCUCGAAGCACCACGUCCGCAUCAACGCCGACAUUGAAGUUGAGCGGGCCGAUGCGCAUGUUAUUUGGACGCCGGCCCAGGUCGAUCUCGUUGCCGAAAAGUACCAGUGCGACUGCAAGGGCUCGUUCACCACGGGCUGGAUUUGCUCGCACUCGGUCGCGGCCCAAAGCAUCAUGUGCGACCUCGACAUGCAGGCUCUACUCGCCGAAGUCGCUCCCCGUCGUCGCCCCGGUGGCCAGCGCAAGCCGCAACAUUCAACUUUUGCGGACGGGACCCUCAACCCGUUCUACUCGGUUGCCAACUUGGUCGCGCUCCUCGUCGACAAACCAGGUUACUGCUACAACUGGACCAUCCACCGGGAGUUCUCGUUCAUCGACACCGAGACCGGCCGCGAGACGUCGGACUACAUGCUUGGUACGAUCAUCCGCUUACGCAAGGGCGAGGUUUACUCCUGGAUGGUUCGCUUCGAGGACGCCGAAGAGCUAUGGUUUGAGAGAAGUCUCCCGCAACCAAAAUAA